CUCCAGGUCUGCGCUCGAGGUCUGAACUUCCUUUACUGAUCACUGCAAGAAGCUCUCAUCAAACUCAACCUUCAUCUCAUUCCUGAAUUACUCCCUUCAAAAUGUCUCAGCAAAUCAGCCUCCCUGCCAAACUGAUUAAUGGUGGCGUUGCUGGCAUCGUUGGGGUCACUUGCGUGUUUCCCAUCGAUUUGGCCAAGACCAGACUCCAGAACCAAAGACAAGGCCAGCAAGUCUACAAGAGCAUGAUUGACUGCCUCAUCAAAACAGUGCGAUCUGAGGGAUACUUUGGCAUGUAUAGAGACAUGGGUCCCCGCUGGGAUAGUGAAGGCUAGCCGAUAAGGCGCAGCCACGCUGGAGGCAAAUCAUUUAUCAUGGUUCUUACUCACUCUGCUCUUACAAUUAGGCACCAAUUUUUGUUUUAUUUAUACAUAAUUGUUGAAUUUUGAUAUUUACACUUUUGCUUCUUAUUUCUUUGUAGUUUUUUUUUCCUCCUCCACUUUCUUCACUGUCCUUGCUCUUGUCUCAUUCAGUACUAACCCAUCUUGCCAUGUUUUGUUGGAUAUUCAUCUUCAUCACUUACGCUCAUUAUCUGCUUUGUCUUUUUUAAGGUCUUUUUAUUUGAUCAUGUGAACAACUGCUGUGCUUUCUUUAAAGACAGUGGCAUCUUAAAAUUACUGGUUUCAAUUAGGACUGGGCAGUAUGACCCUAUUCUAAUUCAAUUUUUAUUUUUUUUGCCUAAAUUCAACCCAUAAUGUUUUAUCUUGCAUAAUAAUAUAGUUAUACCUCUUUGAUAAUAUAAUGAAUAAUUUACAAAUUUAGGUUACUUAGUCUUUCUUUUCUUUUAUAUGGAUUAUUUUCUUUAGUAUGUGAAAAUGAGCAAUGCACAACAAAUCCAUACGUCUCUAAAACAGAUUUCACUUCAUUUAACACUUGUUUAAAAACUAGGCUCAAUACAGUACAUUAUAAAAAAAUUUUUGGAGCUGUUGUGACCUCACAUCAGAUGACUAAUAUUAAAACUACACUUAGUAUGUGCAACACAUCGGAACUACACAAAGCGGUCUGCAAUAUAAGCGGCUGUUUGGAGAAUAGGCUGUAUUUCUCUCUUUUGUUUGCAGAUUAAUCACUGCAUAAACAGCACAGCAAAAUCUCCCUGCUGACACACUUCUCUUCUAUUAUAUACCGUGAUACUGCACAACCCUAAUGUCGGUCAAUUUCUGGAAUGUGCCUGCCUUCAUUUGUUUUACUACAUUUAUCUGAAUAUUCUAUCCUGUUUUUCUGUCCACUGUUUGUUUAUAUACUAGUUAAUUUUUUGGUUUUGUUCACAUUAUGUAAAAUCCCCCUCCAUCAUCAUCUCACAGUUCUGUCAUAAGCUUUGCUUAUAUUCUUACAGUCUGUUUGCAUUUUUAUCAGUUUAAAUGGUAUUUGAUAAGGUCAUGUUGUAGAUUUAUCUCUGGUUUGAUGGUGGUGGGGAAUGUGUUUGCUGAUCUGUCAUCAGUUGUGAUGGUUUUCUUUAACCCUGUGUUUGUUUGUCUUUUAGGUGCUGCGGUUAAUCUUACCUUGGUCACUCCAGAGAAGGCCAUCAAACUGGCUGCCAAUGACUACUUCCGGUGCCACCUUUCCAAAGAUGGGAGAGGGCUGACUGUAUUUAGAGAGAUGUUGGCUGGAUGUGCUGCAGGCAUGUGCCAGGUUAUCGUCACUACUCCAAUGGAGAUGCUGAAAAUUCAACUACAGGAUGCUGGGAGACUAGCCGCUCAGCAGAGAAAACCAUGCAUCAUUCCUUCCAAUAGACUGGCGACCACAAACGCAGUGUUGAGUCGCUCCUACAACGUGGUGCCCAACACCUCACCCAGGGCCGUAUCUGCCACCCAGAUCGCAAGAGAGUUACUGCACACUAGAGGCAUUCAGGGGCUCUACAGAGGCCUUGGUGCAACUCUAUUGAGAGAUGUACCUUUCUCAAUCAUCUACUUCCCUCUCUUUGCAAAUUUGAACAAGCUGGGUAAGCCCUCCCCUGAGGAGACUGCACCGUUUUAUUGGUCAUUCAUCUCUGGAUGUGUCGCAGGCUCCACAGCUGCUGUUGCCGUUAACCCAUGUGAUGUGGUUAAGACCAGGCUGCAGUCUCUAAGCAAAGGAGCCAAUGAGGAAACCUACAGUGGCAUAAUUGACUGUUUCGGCAAGAUCAUGAAGCGAGAAGGGCCAUCAGCUUUCCUUAAGGGAGCGGGCUGCAGGGCUCUAGUCAUGGCACCAUUGUUUGGUAUCGUACAGGUCAUGUACUUCAUCGGCGUGGGAGAGUUUAUCAUGAGCCAGUCCUCCCUAAAGCUAAUCUCUGACUGAACAGACCCCAGUACCUCUUAGACUGUGGCAGCUACACAACCAACUCUACAUUUACAAGAGUAGAUAAACAUUAAUCAAGAUGGUAGAGUUGUCGAGAGAACGGCAAGUUCUACUCUGGUUAAGUUUCUGUUUUUUUCCAGCCUUACCACACUUCCUCUAUGGUUUACAGGCUUAUUUGAUGGGCUGUGGCCAGCGUUUUGCACUUGUUGGUAAGGAUAUGUCUGGAGGAGAGCGCUUGACGUGCUUGUUUUCUUGAAGCAUAUGUGAAGGUUUCCCCUCAAUGAGGGAGACUGGUGUCACUAUAAUGACACUGUUUUUCUUGACUUUUUUUUUCAUCUAUCUACAAUUCUUUUUGUAUUAAAUUCUUUUUUUUUUCUACUCAGAAUUCAUUUAUUUCUGUUCCUGUCACUGUUUUCAGUGUCUAAACAUUUGGGUUACUUAAUGCUUUUGAAGCUUUCAGACCUUGUAACUCUAAAUUGUUCAUAGUUUUAGGGAAUGUCAUAGACUUUAAUUCAGUUUCAUUCCAUCAGAUGCACAUCGUGGUCCAUUGCAGUUUCUGAGCUGAUUUUGGAGAAGGUACAUGGGGUGCAGUCUAAAAUGAAGUAUGCAGUGGCUACCUAAAACAGCCUAACAUUUGAUGCAUAUUUUAUUUAUGCAAUAUUUAAGGCAUUUAUUUUUCUUUUGUUAUAUGGACCAGCAUGUUACAACUGUAGCUUCCAGGGAUUUCUUAUCCCAGAGCUUAGGUCAUUAUUUUCAGGUCGUGUGUUUGCCUUAAAUUAACAUGAAAGACAAACUCUUCACAAAGUUUGAGGGACCUGGCCUCGAGCAAAAGGCUGUAUGUUUAAGUGCUGUGAUGUUUGAUGACAGUAUUAACAUUUUCCUACAAUGACGCCUCAAUGCAAAAUGUAUUAAUUUUUGUUUAAUGCAAUGGUCUAAUUCAACAUUACAAAAAUGAAUUAAAAAAAUGUGUAUUUA